AUGCGGUUGCCAUCGCCGUCGCUGCUCUUGCAGUGCCUGACCGGCUUACUGUCUCAUGAAAAGGCCGCAGCUCACUGCAUCGACAUCGUGCCCGGGAGGGAUCAGUCCUGCCUAUCGUCACCGGCCGCCGAGAUGGUCCCAUCACAGGAUGUUCAGCCGUACAAGUAUGCGGGCAACAAUAUUGAGAUGCACGGCAUGAAUAUAUUCAAGGGGAAGUUCAGUGUUGUUGAUAUUGUGGGACUAUCUAGAUCAGAUCUUGCAGCUACAAAAGGCCAAGGCAAGAGUAAUAGCCCUACCAGUUAUAUCAUUGUAUUAACGAGUAUUACUUGGAAAGGCGAGGAUCUGGAUUUAUCUUUUGCACUAGGGCCCUUGAAAUGCUGUCAGAGUUCACUUGAGCUAGUAAAUAUUCUCAAGAAUGAGAUCUGUGAUGGGCUACUGGCAUUCAGAAGCAAACGUGUUUUAGAGUUAUAUAUUUAUCUGAUGCAGCUGAGCUGCGGGUAUGGGCUUCCUGGGAUAUUUUCUUGCCUGAAGGUCAGUGCUUUUUCGGCCGGAUCUCGUUGACUCAGUCCAGAUCUCGUUGGGUUCAUUAUUUACCAUGAUGGAGGGAGAGUCAAGUCAACUCAGUCCAGAUCUCGUUGGGUUCAUUUAUAUGCGACUUCGUCCGGCUAGCAACGAAGCCAUUCAUCUCACAAGCCUCAUCCCCAUUUCGUUGUUCCCUUCCCAGCAUCUACCCCAAGUGUUGGAUCUUCUCCAGGUACUCAACCUAUUGAUGCACAUGGACAUGAUGACUCUCUAGCGUUUAUGGACCAACCAACCUGUAAUCAUGGACCUUAUUGUCUUGUAGACCAUUUGGUGUUUCGAGUGUUUUGGUGCUUGCAUUUUGUGCAUGUAGAUACAAACUUGUGUGUUCUGGACCAUCUGAAGUCUCUCAUAGUAACCAAUAGUCCUUAUCUUUUUGUGACUUGUGUGUUCUAGAUGAUUGUUAAGAUGGUCAAAACUAUGCUUCCUCUAGGUUAA